GCGCAUGCUCAGUCUCGAACACAAAGCGCAGCCAAUCCUGUGCGAGCGACGGCACAGUCUCAUUAGCAUCACGGGCGCAUAUACACAGCUCAGGAGCGACACUGAGUCUUCAGUUAAACUAAGAUACUUGAACCAAGAUAACAUGCCGGAACCCAGCAUGAAAGCGCCCAAGAAGGGCUCCAAGAAGGCCGUCUCAAAGGCCACUAAGACCGGCAAGAAGAGGAGGAAGUCCCGGAAGGAGAGCUACGCCAUCUACGUGUACAAGGUGAUGAAGCAGGUCCACCCCGACACCGGCAUCUCCUCCAAGGCCAUGGGCAUCAUGAACUGCUUCGUGAGCGACAUCUUUGAGCGCAUCGCCGGCGAGGCCUCCCGGCUGGCUCACUACAACAAGCGCUCCACCAUCACCUCCAGGGAGAUCCAGACCGCCGUCCGCCUGCUGCUGCCCGGGGAGCUGGCCAAGCACGCCGUGUCUGAGGGCACCAAGGCCGUGACCAAGUACACGAGCUCCAAGUGAAGCUGCUGCUAGACCUCCAGCACAACGGCUCUUUUGAUCUGUAUCCAAGUUCUUUAAUUAUUUGUAUAUUUAUAAUCUAUAUGUUCAUCUUUAAUAUUUAUUAUAUUUAACAUCAAACACUGUAAAUGGUCCAAUGUUAUACAUGCAUUGUCAAAGUAUAUAAAGUUAUUAAACCAGAAUAAUUGAUGCCA